AUCAAUUCGAGGCUUCGUUUACCCUACAAUCUUCCUUUACGAUUGAAUAUCUCGCUUGAAUCUGUAUAUUUCAUCGUCUAUACAUCAAAACACCAUAAAUCUGAGUCAAUAUUGAAGAGCUGUCUUUAAUUCUUGGCCAGAUUUCUUUUGAUCGCAAUGGCGCAAGUACUUCCUAUAAAAUUUCAGGAGCACCUACAGCUUCAAAACAUUGGCAUCAAUGCUGCCAAUAUUGGAUUCUCAACUCUUACUAUGGAGUCCGACAAAUUUAUCUGUGUUCGAGAGAAAAUUGGCGAAACUGCUCAAGUGGUGAUCAUAGACAUGGACAACGCGAAUAACCCCAUCAGACGUCCAAUCUCUGCCGACUCUGCAAUCAUGAACCCGAAAUCCAAAGUCAUUGCUUUGAAAGCUGGUCAUACCUUACAGAUUUUUAACAUUGAGAUGAAGAGUAAGAUGAAGGCGCACAACAUGACAGAAGAUGUCACGUUCUGGAAAUGGAUUAGUGUCAACACUGUUGCUUUGGUAACUGAUGGCGCUGUUUACCAUUGGUCUAUGGAAGGGGAUUCGCAACCACAGAAAGUUUUUGAUCGUCACUCUAGCUUGGCUGGAUGUCAGAUUAUCAACUAUCGUACAGAUCGAGACCAGAAAUGGCUUCUGCUUGUUGGCAUUCAGGCACAACAAAAUCGAGUGGUUGGUGCAAUGCAAUUAUAUUCUGUUGAACGUAAAGUGAGUCAGCCAAUUGAAGGACACGCUGCAGCAUUUACACAGUUCAAAAUUGAAGGAAACCCACUGGAGUCUACGUUAUUCACAUUCGCUGUCCGUGGUCCUCAAGGAGGAAAGUUGCAUGUGAUUGAAGUUGGAACACCGCCAUCAGGAAAUCAACCUUUCCAAAAGAAAGCAAUUGAGGUCUUCUUUCCACCAGAAGCACAGAAUGAUUUUCCUGUUGCUAUGCAGGUCAGCCAAAAACACGGCAUAGUAUUCCUGAUUACGAAAUAUGGUUAUGUUCAUUUAUACGAUGUUGAGAGUGGUACUUGUAUCUACAUGAACCGAAUCAGUGGAGAUACUAUCUUUGUGACAGCAUCACAUGAUCCUAGUAAUGGUAUUAUUGGUGUUAAUAGAAAAGGCCAGGUCUUAUCAGUGAGUGUUGAUGAAGAAAACAUUGUAACGUACAUCACAAAUGUACUUCAAAAUCCAGAUCUUGCCCUCAGAAUAGCCAUACGUAACAAUUUGGGAGGUGCUGAGGAAUUAUUCGUACGAAAAUUCAACAACAUGUUCAACAAUAUGCAGUACGCUGAGGCAGCAAAGGUCGCUGCUAACGCACCAAAGGGGAUUCUGCGAACACCUCAAACUAUUCAACGUUUCCAACAAGUGCCAUCACAACCUGGCCAGACCUCUCCAUUGCUGCAGUAUUUUGGUAUUCUUCUGGAUCAAGGUCAGCUGAACAAAUACGAGUCCCUGGAACUGUGUAAACCUGUCUUGCAACAAGGACGAAAACAACUGCUGGAGAAAUGGCUGAAAGAGGAAAAGCUUGAAUGCAGUGAAGAACUUGGUGAUUUGGUAAAGCAAGUUGACCCAACACUUGCUCUGUCUGUCUAUUUGAGAGCCAAUGUCCCUAAUAAGGUUAUCCAAUGUUUUGCUGAAACUGGUCAAUUCCAGAAAAUCAUUUUGUACGCAAAGAAAGUAGGGUUCACACCUGAUUACAUCUUCCUUCUUCGAAGCGUGAUGCGGGUGAACCCUGAGCAAGGAGGACAGUUUGCGACAAUGUUGGUUCAAGAUGAGGGCGAACCUUUGGCUGAUCUCAGUCAAGUUGUUGAUGUUUUCAUGGAGACAAAUCAAGUGCAAGCAUGUACGUCGUUCCUUCUUGAUGCUCUCAAGAACAACAGGCCAAACGAAGGCCAUUUGCAAACACGUUUGUUAGAAAUGAAUCUCCUGACGGCACCCCAGGUUGCUGAUGCAAUUCUUGGCAACCAGAUGUUCACUCAUUAUGACAAAGCGCAUAUUGCACAACUCUGUGAGAACGCUGGACUUCUACAACGGGCUUUGGAACAUUACACAGAUAUUUUUGACAUCAAAAGAGCAAUAGUGCACACCCACUUGCUAAAUCCUGAGUGGUUGGUCAAUUACUUCGGAACCUUGUCAGUUGAGGAUUCUAUGGAAUCGUUGAAAGCAAUGUUGACUAAUAACAUUCGCCAAAACCUUCAAAUAUGUGUUCAAGUUGCUACAAAAUAUCACGAACAACUUGGAACAGCUCAACUGAUUGAACUCUUCGAGUCCUUUAAAAGCUUUGAAGGCUUGUUUUAUUUCCUUGGAUCAAUUGUGAACUUCAGCCAGGAUGCUGAGGUUCAUUUCAAGUAUAUUCAGGCGGCUUGCAAGACUGGUCAAAUCAAAGAAGUGGAGAGGAUUUGUCGUGAGAGCAACGUUUAUGACCCCGAGAGAGUGAAGAACUUCCUCAAAGAAGCGAAAUUGACAGAUCAACUGCCAUUAAUCAUCGUCUGUGACCGCUUUGAUUUCGUUCAUGAUCUUGUGUUGUAUCUGUAUCGAAAUAAUUUGCAGAAAUACAUCGAAAUCUAUAUUCAAAAGGUCAAUCCAACUCGUGUUCCUGUUGUAGUCGGAGGUCUUUUAGAUGUCGACUGCUCAGAAGAUAUCAUCAAGAAUCUCAUCCUGGUUGUACGAGGUCAAUUCUCUACAGAUGAACUAGUGGAAGAAGUCGAGAAACGUAAUCGCCUGAAGUUGUUAUUACCGCUGCUUGAAGCUCGCGUGCAUGAAGGCUCAGAGGAACCAGCUACCCACAAUGCAUUGGCGAAGAUUUACAUUGAUUCCAACAACAAUCCUGAACGAUUCCUAAGGGAAAAUCCUUUCUAUGACAGCAAAGUCGUCGGAAAAUACUGCGAGAAACGAGACCCGCAUCUCGCGUGUGUCGCGUACGAGCGUGGACAAUGUGAUAUGGAGUUGAUCAAUGUAUGCAACGAGAACUCGUUGUUCAAAAGCGAAGCAAGGUAUCUUGUGCGUCGUCGUGAUCCAGAACUUUGGGCAAGUGUUUUGCAAGAGGAUAAUCCAUUCCGACGACAACUGAUCGACCAGGUCGUACAAACUGCGCUCUCAGAAACCCAAGAUCCUGAAGAUGUCUCGUGUACCGUGAAGGCCUUCAUGACCGCUGAUUUACCAAAUGAAUUAAUUGAACUACUUGAGAAGAUUGUCCUGGAGAACUCGGUCUUUAGUGAACACAGAAACCUGCAGAAUCUUCUUAUCCUUACUGCAAUCAAGGCAGACCGCACGCGAGUUAUGGAAUAUAUCACAAGACUUGAUAACUAUGACGCUCCUGACAUAGCAAGCAUUGCCAUUGGUAGUGAAUUGUACGAGGAAGCCUUUGCAAUAUUCAAGAAAUUUGAUGUCAAUACCUCGGCUAUACAGGUUCUGAUUGAAAACGUCCAGAAUCUUGACCGUGCCUACGAGUUUGCUGAGCGUUGCAACGAACCGGAUGUUUGGAGUUUACUAGCCAAAGCUCAGCUGGAACAAGACAUGGUGAAAGAGGCCAUUGAUUCAUUCAUCAAAGCCGAUGACCCUUCAGUUUAUACGGAGGUCGUCGCCAUUGCCCGCAAGGAAGACAAAUAUGAAGAUCUGGUGAAAUAUCUUCAAAUGGCAAGAAAGAAGGCAAGAGAAGGUUUUAUUGAAACUGAGCUGGCGUUUGCUUUGGCAAAAACCAAUCGAUUGGCAGAGCUGGAAGAAUUCAUAUCUGGACCUAACCAUGCGCAAAUCAAAGAGGUUGGUGAUAGAUGCUACAAUGAUAAAAUGUAUGAAGCAGCAAAGAUCUUAUACAACAAUAUUUCAAACUAUGGUCGUUUGGCAUCGACCUUGGUUCAUCUUGGCGAGUUUCAAGCUGCGGUUGAUGGCGCUAGGAAAGCAAACAGCACCCGGACUUGGAAAGAGGUUUGUUUCGCUUGUGUGGACAGCGAGGAGUUCCGUCUUGCUCAGAUGUGCGGUCUGCAUAUCGUCGUCCACGCUGAUGAACUGGAAGAGUUGAUCAACUACUAUCAAAACAGAGGUCAUUUUGAAGAGCUUAUUCAACUGCUCGAGGCUGCCUUGGGUCUGGAACGAGCUCACAUGGGCAUGUUCACGGAAUUGGCGAUACUUUAUUCAAAAUAUAAACCAGCAAAGAUGAGAGAGCAUUUAGAAUUGUUCUGGUCACGAGUCAAUAUUCCCAAGGUUCUCCGGGCAGCAGAACAAGCCCACCUGUGGGCAGAGCUGGUGUUCCUUUACGAGAAAUACGAAGAAUACGACAACGCAAUUCUCACGAUGGUUGCCCACCCAACGGUCGCUUGGAAAGAAGCACAAUUCAAAGAUAUUAUCACGAAAGUCGCGAAUAUUGAGCUGUACUACAAGGCGUUACAGUUUUACCUCGACUUUAAACCACUUCUGCUAAACGACCUGCUAAUCGUGCUUACUCCACGAAUGGAUCACACCCGCGCCGUUACCUACUUCAGGAAAAUCAACCAUCUUCCCCUGGUCAAACCGUAUCUGCGAUCUGUUCAAAAUCAUAACAACAAAGUCGUGAAUGAAGCUCUGAAUGAUCUGUUAAUCGACGAAGAAGAUUAUAAUGGUCUUCGUGCAUCCAUUGAUGCAUUUGAUAACUUCGAUAACAUCGCUUUAGCUCAAAGACUUGAUAAACACGAAUUGGUUGAGUUUCGUAGGAUUAGUGCUUAUUUAUACAAAGGAAAUAAUAGAUGGCAGCAAUCUGUUGAGUUAUGUAAAAGAGAUAAGUUAUACAAGGAUGCAAUGAUUUACUCGUCCGAAUCUAGAAAUGCCGAAAUUGCAGAGGAUCUUCUAAACUGGUUCUUAGAAAAUCAAAACUACGAAUGUUUUGCAGCAGCUUUGUUCACGUGUUAUGAUUUGUUGCACCCGGAUGUUGUCUUAGAGCUAGCUUGGAGAAAUAAUAUACUUGAUUUUGCUAUGCCUUAUGUCAUUCAAGUUUUAAAAGAAUAUAUUACAAAGGUGGAUAGUCUUGCUACAUCGGAGAAAGAACGCAAGGAUCAAGAGGAAACGAAGCAAGACCAACCAUUAGUAUUUGGAAAUGAUCAAUUAAUGUUAACCGCUGGCCCCAAUAUGGCGGCACCUCCAGCACAAGUUCCUGUACCGGGGAUGGUACCUGGAAUGGUUCCCCCGGGCGGGCAAAUGAUGUACGCAGCACCUGGUUACCCGGCAGCUCAACCUGGCUUUCCUCAGCAAUAUUAGGAGAACAAUUUUAAAUGUGUAGUAAAAAAAUAACUAAAUCCCUUUUAAAGACUUUUUGCAAUUUACCGGCGUUCAUAAUGGCAUUCUCGGCUUAGCUAAAUAAAUUACCUGAGAGAUUUUUGAUUAAAGACGAUGAAAUAUUAGUAUAUAGGCCCGAUAAGCGAGAUUUUCUAUGCUAUAGGAAGUUCAAUUUUUGUUACCAAAUAAGUAUAAUUAUGCAUGCAACAUAAUAAAGUGAUACAAAAUCAAUGGCU